AUGACACCACCGCCCUCCCAGAAUGUUCCCCAUGUGUCCACACCGUUCCAACCCCGUUCCAAGUCCAACUCCUUUCUCGCCUCGCCCCCUGCAACCGUGAAUCAAACUCUCUGUGUCGCGUACGGCGCGUCGGAAAGCCUACCAAGUUCUACGGAAAUUGAUGACGCGAACGAUGAAACCCUUCGAAGUAUGGCCAAGGAACUUUUGAUGGUGGCUCAAGAAUCACGCAUGUCGGCCGCGCACUUUAAGCUUCAACAUAGUCUACUAUCUCUGACUAGCAGUGAGGCCAUCAAACGCGCUGAGGUUGAGCAGCAACUUGCCAAACGACAAAUCGAAAUUCUUCAAAGUAUGGAAUACCGUUCCCGUCAAACCCAAUUGCAACAGCCAUCGCCUCAGCCGCAGCGGAACGCUGAGUUAGACGCUGCGAUGCGUCGAAUUCAGGAGCUAGAACAGGCAAAGGGAACUCUGGAAAGGAGGCUUCGCCGUGCUAAAAAGGUCAUCGAGGAAGACGCCGACAAGUAUGAACUCCUGAUGGAGGAAAAUGCUCGUCUCAAAAAGCGCAUUCGGGAAAAUCGUGAGCACUUUACCCUCAUGAUGGACCAUGGGUCCGUUGCCUCAAGCCCGCGUACGGAGUUCAAUACACCCCAGCGCAGAGCCGUUCCCCGUUAUCCCGAUAGCGCUCGUUCCCAUGUUAGCAGAGUUGGCAGCCAUGAUCCCUUCGCGGCUCUCCUUGCCGCUGACCAGGUACUCAAUGGAGAAUCAGCAACAAUUAAAUCACCCCCAUCAAAGAGACACAACCACAAGUUUCAAGGCCACACCCGCGGUACCCACUCGCUUUCCUCGCUGCCGACGACCCCCCAACGAAAGCCCGUUGGCAGUGAAAGAAUUCAUUUCUUUACGCCUAUCAAUAAACGAUCCACAGGCCCCCCGUCGAGACGCUCUGCUUUUGAGAAUAAUGGGCGUGACCGCCACGAUCGUGACAGCACAAUUUCAGCCUCAGACGUUGAAGAGGCAUUGACUGAUGAAGAUGUGCCAGCUUCCCAGGCUAGCUCUCUCGCUACGAGCAUGCUACGUCGAUUUCCUGGUACUACGCAGGAAGAACCGUCCAUUCCUGCAAAUAUUGGUAAAUCGAGCACUCUGCUUCAAGCCAAACUAUUUGGGCAUGUGAAGAAGGUUGGCGUUGACCGUCCCAAGGACAACCUAAAGCGGAAGCGCAGCAUUGAGGAAAAGGUUAUAUCUCCAAAGAAAUUCCGCAGUGCAGACCCUGUCUACGUCAACAUGGAAUCUUGA